AUGGCGGCCGUAUCGCGGGCCCUCUCUCGACGCCUCACCGCCAGGGUCGUAAGCCCCUACCAACGGCGAAUCCAGGCGCCUGUUGUGCCAAUUGCUGCUGCCGCCCAGAAAGAGGUGGUCACGACCGAAAGGGCCACCCGCCAUUGCGACGUCUUCAUAAACCACAGGGGAGCCGAUACCAAACGGUCGAUGGCCGGGUUGCUCUACGACCGCCUCGUCCAGCACAACAUCCGCCCGUUCCUGGAUAACCGGACCAUGGAACCAGGAGACAAGCUCUACGACAGCAUUCACAGCGCCAUACUAAACUGCGAGGUCGGGAUCGCCAUCUUCUCUCCCAGGUACAACGAGUCCUUCUUCUGCCUCCACGAGCUGGCAAUGCUGGUCGAGGCCGGUAAGAAGCUGAUCCCGAUCUUCUGCGACAUCGAGCCCUCGGUUCUCCUGGCGAUGGACGUCCAGUCCCAUCCGCCCGAGAUGCUGCAGCGCUUCAGGAAGGCUCUUCGGGAGGCCAGGUACACGGUGGGCAUCACAUUCGACUCCCAGAAUGGGAACUGGUCGGAUUUGGUGUCGCGGACUGCAGAGAUUGUGGUGAAGAGUAUAAAAGGAGGGAGCCACUGACGAAACGGAGGGCACCAUUCUCUCCCUGCAAAUAUUAAACCAUUCUUUUCCUAUUGAUUUUUUUGUCAGAAUAACAUUCUUUUCUAAUA